AUGAAGACUACUAAUCUCUCUCUCCUUCACAGAUCACACAAACACAAAAAGAAGCUUAAGACUCUUCUCUCACUCUAUAGAAUUUUUCCACUUUAACUUUCUCACUCUAAAAAUCUGCCCCUCAUUGUCUCUUCGCCUCUGUCUCUACUUCAAAGAAUUGAUGUCUCUUUAAAAACACUUUCUCUUAUUUUAAAGCACUUCCUCUCUCUCUUUCUCUUUGAACACACUUCCUUUUCUCCCUAACGCCCAUUAAAAAACCUUCCCUCAAUUUGAGAGAAAAAAAAAAAAGUCUAAGGGAUCUAAAACUCACUUCUUAUCUUUAGGGAGAAACCAAAGAUUCUGCUUUCCUCUAGCUUACUCUCUUGUUUAUGUUUCUGUCUGGUCCAUAGGGAGAAAACCAAACCCCAAUUCCACUCAAAUUUGGGAAAUUUUCAUACUUUUUUUUGGCAUAUUUGUUUGUGGAUGGGUUGAGUUUCUGUUAAAAGGAGAAAAAGAGCCAUACACACACACACUAGUGCAGAAUCAAAAGAAGGAGUAACAAUGAGAGAAGACAAAUCCAAAACAAACAAGCUGGCAUGGUCCAAGAAGAUGGUCAGGAAAUGGUUUAAUAUCAAAAGCAAAACAGAGGAGUUUCAAACAGAUGUUCCUGCUCCUUCUGCUUCUAAUGGUAUUGAAGUAGAGCACAGAAGUAGCUUCUCAGUAGAGAAAGCUCCCACCACAAUCAACAAGUCCAAAACUGAGAAGCUAAGUAAGAACUGGGAGCAGCAAGCUCGCCAAAGGAGAAUGAACUAUGAGAAUCCUAGGAUCAUUGAUGUCCAAAACUACAGCAUCUUUACUGCUACAUGGAACGUAGCUGGACGCUCUCCACCUCCUGACUUAAACCUCGACGAGUGGCUUCACUCCUCAGCUCCCGCAGACAUAUACGUCCUCGGCUUCCAAGAGAUUGUUCCUCUCAACGCUGGCAACGUCCUCGGAUCCGAAGACAACGGACCUGCUCAGAAAUGGCUCUCCCUCAUCCGCAAAACUCUCAACAACAGACCAGGAGCUAGCGGUGGCGGAGCCUACCACACGCCUUCCCCUCUCCCUGUCCCCAUGGCUGAGCUUGACGCUGACUUCUCUGGCUCCACGAGACAAAAGAACUCCACCUUCUUCCACAGACGCUCUUUCCAAACCCCAAGCAGUGCGUGUAACGAUCCUUCCAUCCCUCAGCCAGGUCGUUUCAGUGUCUGUGACCGUGUCUUCUUCAGCCAAAGACCAAGUGACUUCGACCCUAGCUUCCGUGGUGGCAGCAGCAGUCACAGGCCUAGUGACUACUCUAGAAGGCCUAGUGACUACUCAAGGCAGAGUGAUUACUCUAAUAGGCCGAGUGAUUACUACUCCAGACCGAGUGAUUACUCACGGCCGAGUGACUUCUCAAGGUCCUCAGACGAUGAUAACGGUACUGGGGACUCUCCAAGCACUGUCCUGUACUCUCCAGGCUCUGCAGCAGCGAACGAGAGCGGUUAUAGGAUCCCUUGGAACUCUUCUCAGUAUUGUUUAGUCGCUAGCAAGCAAAUGGUUGGUGUCUUCUUAACCAUUUGGGUGAAAAGUGAGUUAAGAGAACACGUCAAGAACAUGAAAGUGUCUUGCGUUGGGAGAGGACUAAUGGGUUAUCUUGGGAACAAGGGAUCAAUCUCAAUAAGCAUGUUGCUUCAUCAAACAAGCUUUUGCUUUGUGUGCACUCACUUGACUUCAGGACAAAAGGAAGGUGAUGAGCUGAAGAGGAACUCUGAUGUCAUGGAGAUACUCAAGAAGACGAGGUUUCCUCGCGUUAAGAGCUUAGAGGAGGAGAAGUCUCCUGAAAAUAUACUUCAGCAUGACCGGGUGAUAUGGCUUGGAGAUCUGAACUACCGGAUAGCACUCACUUACCGAUCUGCUAAAGCCCUCGUUGAGAUGCAGAACUGGAGAGCUUUGCUAGAAAACGACCAGCUAAGAAUAGAGCAGAAACGAGGGCACGUGUUCAAAGGAUGGAACGAAGGAAAGAUCUACUUCCCACCAACGUACAAGUACUCUAGAAACUCAGAUAGAUACUCUGGAGAUGACUUGCAUCCCAAGGAGAAACGUCGCACUCCUGCUUGGUGUGAUAGGAUAUUGUGGUACGGUGAAGGACUGCAUCAGUUAUCUUAUGUAAGAGGAGAGUCAAAGUUCUCAGAUCAUAGACCUGUCUACGGCAUUUUCUGCGCUGAGGUUGAGUCAGCUCAUAAUAAGCUAAAGCGAACCAUGAGUUGUUCAGCUUCACGUGUCCAAGCGGAAGAGCUCUUACCUUAUUCCCGUGGAUACACCGAGCUCAGCUUCUUCUAGAAGAAAACACACAGAACUCUUCACGGUGAACUAAAGUGUUUUUUGGAUCUUUGAGAGUGAUGGAGACGUUACAUUUGCUUCUUUAGCUCAAAGGGAACAGGUGUAGACAGUGUUUUGUUUUUGGCCUCGGUUAACUAAUUUUCACAUACCGGCGGUUCUGUGGUGUAUCAUGGUUUUUGCUAACUUCUGAUGGAUUAGAAAUUUUACAGCUACGUUAUAAGGCAAUCAACUAACCCAAUCAGAGAUCGCCAAGUAGACACAUUAGGAAAGUUCUUUUGAUUUUGUUUAGUUUUCAUUCUUUUGAUUUAGCAUAAUUAGGGAAAAUAUGGUUUUAUGUUCUUUUUUUGUGAUCAACUGUGGUGUGUGUGUCCCCACGGUAAUCAUUUUGUAAUGUUUAUUAUGUGAUCUUAAUGUCAAGUGUAACGAAAAUUAUACAAAAAAAACAAACAAAGAAUUUCUGUUUUUAUUUA